AGGAGACUGAGAAACAGAGUGAGAUGCAGGGACUUCCCCUGCUGCUGCUCUCUCACAUAGUGAGUCAUAUAUUAUCUAAUUCCCCCUCCCAUCCCUGUGCUGUCGGCGCCGCUGCUUGUCAUGCAGUGUGACAGGCGUAGCAGCAGCCGGCAGCAAAACUAGCAGAGUAGCAGAGCAGGGAGAACGCCUCCCUACUUUGCAGACUCUGCUUAGUGGGUAGCGCUGGGCCUGCCUGCAGCGCUGCCAGGCACCCUCUGAGGAUUCCGGUGCCCGGAGCUUGCGCUCCACCAGACCUGCCCUCCAUAUGCCCCUGGUUUAGUUUUAAUAUCAACCAAUUUCUUGAGAGCAGGGGCUUAGAGAGCCAUGCCGCAAAAUGGCCACCCGCACACUGUGCAGGGGGCACCAUUCUAAUGCAGGGGGCCAGAAGAAGGAGUGGGCUUGCGCCAUCUUAUGUAUGCAGUGCAAUCAGAGACACAGGAGUAUCAGGUUUCAUGAGCUACCUGUGAAGCUUUCCGACAGAGGAGAGUUAGGAUGGUGAAGAGAGCUGUAAGUGACACAGGGAUCCCAGCUUCUCCUCCUCCCUGCCUGAGUGUCUGAGUCCUGUGUAACCUGUUAUCUAAUGAGUGUCUAGAGUGAGAGACACACAGAGAGUUCCCCUGAGUCCUGUCCCAAUGUCGAGAAAAAACUGAUAACGGACGCAUUAAACAAAAAUCAGUUUCUAAAGCGACUAGAUCCUCAUCAAAUCCGAGACAUAGUAGAAUGUAUGUAUGAGAGAAGAUAUGCUCAAGGAGAAUAUAUUAUCAAGCAAGGUGAACCAGGCAGUCAUAUAUUCGUAUUAGCCGAGGGAAAAACAGAAGUUUUCCAGCAGAAUAAAUUUCUGACAUCCAUCCCAGUAUGGACAACGUUUGGAGAGCUGGCAAUACUAUACAACUGCACAAGAACUGCCUCUGUCAAAGCAAUCAUCAAUGUUAAAACAUGGGCUCUUGACAGAGAAGCAUUUCAAAAUAUUAUGAGGAAGACAGCACAAACUAGACAUGAGGAGUACCGGAACUUCCUGAGGAGUGUAUUUUUGUUGAAGAUGCUUCCAGAAGACAAGUUGAUGAAGAUUGCAGACUGCUUGGAAUUGGAAUUGUAUGAAAAAGGAGAUUACAUUAUCCGUGAAGGAGAGGAGGGGAGCACAUUCUUUAUCAUUACAAAAGGGAAGGUGAAAAUUACACAAAGCACAGAAGGUUAUGAUGAACCCCAGUUAAUUAAAACACUGGCGAAGGGGGAUUACUUUGGUGAAAAGGCCCUUAUCAGUGAUGAUGUCAGAUCAGCUAAUAUUAUCGCAGAUGAUGAUGGGGUGGAGUGUCUAGCCAUGGAUCGGGAGACAUUUAAUCUGACAGUUGGAACAUAUGAAGAACUUCAAAAGUACCUUGAGGGCUAUGUAGCUAACCUGACUCUUGAUGAUAAAAGAAGACAUGCUAAGAAAUCCACAGGUAGACAGCUUGACAAGAUGGUGUCACUUGAAAAGAUUCAGAUGAAAGAAACAGUUUCACGAUUUUCCUCUUCCUCACCAUUUGAUGACCUAGAGAUUAUAACCACAUUGGGUGUUGGAGGGUUCGGGAGAGUGGAACUUGUAAAAGUAAAAAAUGAACAAUUAGUAUUUGCUAUGAAAUGCAUAAAGAAGAAGCACAUUGUGGAAAAUAGGCAGCAAGAACAUAUACACUCAGAAAAAAGCAUUUUAGAAGAAGCUUGUUCUCCAUUCAUAGUCAAGUUAUACCGCACUUUUAAAGACACAAAAUAUGUGUAUAUGCUCCUUGAAGCAUGCCUUGGAGGAGAACUUUGGAGCAUCUUGAGAGAUCGAGGCAGUUUUGAUGAGGCGACAGCUAAAUUCUGCAUUGGAUGUGUGACUGAGGCAUUUGAGUAUCUGCAUCAGAUCGGUGUUGUGUAUCGAGAUUUAAAGCCUGAGAACUUACUUUUAGACUCGGAAGGUUAUGUAAAACUGGUUGACUUUGGAUUUGCUAAGAAAAUCUUUCCUGGCCAAAAAACUUGGACAUUCUGUGGAACACCCGAAUAUAUUGCUCCAGAAGUCAUUCUUAAUAAGGGUCACAGCUUCAGUGUGGAUUUCUGGUCACUUGGCAUACUACUGUAUGAGCUGCUUAUAGGAACCCCUCCUUUUGCUGGGCCAGACCAGAUGAUGAUCUACAAUUUAAUUCUCCAAGGUAUUGAGAAAUUUGAGUUUCAUAGAAAAAUAACAAAAAGGCCUGAAGAUUUAAUCCGACGGCUGUGCAGACAGAACCCUGCAGAACGAAUCGGAAACAUGAAAAAUGGAAUAGCUGACAUUAAAAAACACAGGUGGUUUAAUGGUUUUAAUUGGGAAGGACUGAGUUUGAGAAGGCUUUCAUCACCUUUAAAACCUGAGCUUGAUGGGCUCACAGAUCACAGCUAUUUUGACAGUUAUCCACGAGAUGAUGAAAUCCCCCCUGACGAGAUGUCUGGAUGGGAUCAAGAUUUCUGAAAACAUCCUUCUGCAAGAUAUCAGAUUACAUGUAGGGAAACCCAGACUAAGGAAAACAUUAAUAGAAGUUCUUUAUAGUUUAUGAUGGUUGGCAUAGGAAGCGCGAUCCAUUGCCUGUCACUUGGCAUGUCGAUAACACCAUUCACCAUUAACUGUGCCACAGUGCUAGUGUAAUACAAUGGAGUGAGUUGGAAGUUUGUAUCACUGCUCACAACAGUUUGUUAUCCACCAUAUCAUGCCAAUUGCCCCAAUAGAAUGUACUCCAUCUGUAUAACAUAUUCUGCAAAUAAUUCUAUAAUAUGCUGGACAGUGUUAAAGUUUAGUAAUGAUUUAAUGAGAUUAUUUGUAUAUGACAGCAAUCAAAUUAGGGUUGUUAGCUAUUGUCACCUGGUGGGGUGUUAAAACCCACAGCUGCGUGAUCCACAGUUGCAGACAAGAGGAUCCUUCAAUAAUGUUUAUUAGGACAUUUUGUAACUUACUGUACAUACUCCUUAUGGUAUUCAUAUCCUUGUGCCCUUGAAGUACUGUAGGGACUAAUAUGUGGACAAAUCAAGGCCUUGGUACUGUACAUACCUAUGUCUAUUUCAUUUUCUGGUAUGUGGCUGUAGGGGACCUAUAUCUCCACUGAUCUCAGGAGUCUGAGCAGAAAGAACCAGCACUGUAUAAUGGGAAUAUUUUACUUUAUCUCACAAUGCCAAAAUGGUGUUAAAAUCGUAUUAUUUUCCUAGCAGCAUUUUCUAAUGUUUUGUAAUAUGAUGGAACAUUUUACUUGUGAGAAAUUCUGCAUUUAUACUGUUUUUUUUACAGUAGAUUGAAUUUAAUA